AUGCAUACCUUCAGGGUCAGUAACUACCACCACACCGCGGCAAUUUAUAAUACGUGCACACGCGGUUGCUAUGACCGCCUCUGGGAUAUUGAUGGUGAACACCAAAAGAUCGAGGGAUGGCCCUUUGUUUCUACUGGUGAAAUUCGCCGAUAUUACGCCAACCGCGAUGCGGCCUCCCUGAAUCUGGAUAAAGCCAAUAGUAUGGAAGAGACACCGAUUCUUAUGACCGACUCGGCCCUGGAUAUAUAUGGCGACCGCUACACAUGGAGAUAUCCUCCUAUCAAGCGGAACCCAUUGUGUACAAAGGGUGCUAAAAUUAGAUUCCCCGAUCCUGGAUAUGGUGGUGUUGGUAAGUGCACUCUCGGAUCGUCUUCUAAAAACAUGCCCCACUGCUGCGAUGAGACUGGUAAAGUCACAUGUAAAAAACACUUAGCGUGUAACUUUACAUGCUCUACUCGAGAAGAACUCGAGGACCACUUCAAAACCUAUAGAUAUUGUUGUCCGGUACUAGGCUGUAAACGAUUUGGGGAGGAGAAAGGCUUCCCCCGCAAAGACAACCUCACCCAGCAUAUCCGGAAAGUUCACAAAAGAUUCAUCCCCCGCGUUGCAACCCGGUUCGCCAAAGGAGGAGGGGUUUCCCGUACCGUCAUCGACAAGCUCCCACAAGAUCCACGCCUAGGAACAUUCGAACUGGCGGAAGCUCCCUCUGAAGCUGUUGGUAGCGACGUUACAUCUGCCGAGGAAGGCGAACACAUGUAUUCCGGCGGGGAGAGUUCUUUUAUGUUCAAGAAGGUUCAAGAAGGUUCAAGAAGACUAUGA